GAUCCGGCGACGCCGCCGGCCUCAGUCACUUUCGAACAUGGCGUCGCGCUGGCUGGUGUUGACGCUGCUUGCGGCGGUGGGGAAGGCGGACGAAUGCCGAUUGAGUGGCCCUCUGGAACUUUCUAGAACGCUCUCCACCAACUCUCCUUACGUGACCGUGCCCUUCACUCCGGGAACACUUCAAGAUAAUCCAUUCAAAAAUACAAGGUAUCGCAUUAACGACUUCUGUGUUGGUGAGCACACUGGCACGCAUUUGGAUUCACCAUUUCAUUUCAGCGAAAGUGGAUGGUCAACGGAUCAGAUACCACUAAAUAGACUCAUUGCAAAUGGCGUGUUCCUGAACGUGACGGAGCAAGCGGCGGGCAACGCGUCCUUCCGCCUGCAGCCGUCGCACGUCGACGCGUGGGUGGAGCGCCACGGGCCCUUCCCCGACAACGCCGUCCUCCUCGUCAGCUUCGGCUGGGCGCAGCGCUUCGCCAACCGCACGCUCUACCUCGGCACCGCCUCCACCAACUUCACCGAAUUCCGCCAACCAGGAAUUUCAGUGGAGGCGGCAAGAAGAUUGGCCAACAUCGAUCAACUUGUAGGAGUUGGCGUUGACACAGCGUCUGUUGACGCACCGGGAAGUGGAGAUGUGCAUGUGAUUCUUGCUGCAAAGAAUAUGUACAACUUGGAGCACGUGGACUUGGACCAGCCGUGUUUGCCAGCUAAAGGGUUCAAGGUGUUCUCGAUGCCUGUGAAGGUCCAGGGAGGUACUGGAGCACCCGCUCGUGUCAUUGUCGUCCCCUACUAAUCAAGACCACAACAUUUGGCUGCAGCAACGCCAGCACAGGAAGCCAAAUAUUUAUUAUUUCACCCUUAUGAAUUAUUUUCCUCAGUUGUAGAAAAAUGUACACGUUGAAAAAAUAAAAAAAUAUUUUCCAAAGAUCAGUGUCUAUGAUUUUUAAAUAAAAUGUAGAAGGUAAAAUAUGUCAUGUAAUUUAACAUUAAUGAAUUUAGGAAUUUGAUUUUCUCUGAUAAGCAAAAACUCAACGAAGGAUGACGGUUACGUGGUGGUAAGACUUCUCUUACAUUAACGACCGUGAUAAUUUUUGCCGUUUGGAUCGCCUGAUUUAUAUCUAUAAUUAAUGCUUUACUUAUUU